GGCAACUUCCGUAUUUUUAAUUUGAUCAGAUUAGAAAGUGACAAAGAGCAACAUGCGCUGAAAAAAUACCUAUGACGAUAGUAAAAUUCAAUACGUUAUCUAAAUUGUCUGCUUGUUAAAAAUGGCCACCAUUAAGUCGGGAUUUCUACAGAAAUUAAGUAAGUAUAUAAAAGUUGUAUACCGCUCGUAUUUCACACGUUCAUUAAUACUAACACUCGACUAGCAGCAUAUUUGACAACUGACAGCAAUAAACAUAAAUAAUCAUAUAAAAUAUUUAAAUAGGUAAAAUAGCGUUUUUACUUUUUUACGCCAUUUCAUUCUUUGUCUUCAAAGUUUAUGUCAAAGACUUUCCAUUUUUAAUUGAAAAUCAAUAGACCCGUGGAUUUUUUUCAUUUUGCUGGCAGACAUAAACAGAUUUACUUGUACGUAGUCUGUACAAAAUGUAUGUCGUGGAAGGAUUUGAAGCAUUAAUACAUAUUUAUAUCAAGCUCAGGUUCUUUUAAAAACGUAUCACAAAAAUUAAAUCUAAACUUAUAUCGUGACCUUAACUCAAUCCUUAGAAGCUUGAGCUGCACUCUAAUCCAAGCACAGCAAUAAAAUUUGAUGAUUAUAUGUAAUUAAAAUGAGAGACCAGUUAUUAUUUUAAUUUUAUUAAUAUACAUGUAUCAGCAAAAUUUAUGACACCCUGGGCAUUUUAGAAUUGUGCAUUAUGAAAUGCACAAGUUGUAACAAACCAGCAGCAGACUUGUAGCAAUGCUGUUCCAUGUUGAUCAACUUGUCAACAGUAUGUGUUCGCACUGUUUGUUCCCAGCCAGCUUGUUGACAAGCUGUCAACGGCUUGUUGACAACUUGCCACGUUGAGCUCAACAAAUUUGUUACAAGUUGUUCUAACAACUUGUUAUCGUCCUGCAAUUCAACAAUUUGUCAACAAGUUGUAAGUGACAAUCUUGUAGCAACUUGAUAAAAUAACAGCAUUGUUACUACUUGUUGACAAGCUUGCUACAAGGGUGUUGCAAACACAUCUAUUAAUUGACAGGUGAAAUUUUUACAUGUGUAAUUAUAAAUUGAUAUAUUCCUAUUAUGGAAUUGAUUUGAAUUUUAGGUGGACUGUUGAAAAGAGAUUGGAAAAGGCGAUAUUUUGUCCUCUACCAGGAUGGUGAACUGGUGUAUUACGAGACACCUGGUAGUCAAAUAUGUGAUGGCAAAAUUAAUGUAAGACAAAAUUGCCAAAGAAUAGAUUAUGGUUUUGAAGUUGAACAUGAUAUACAACAAAAGGCAUCUGGUCGAGUGAAUUGCUUAUUUAGUGUUCGUUCUUCUGUAAAGAAUAUCACUGUUUUGGCAGAUACAGAGCAAGAUGCAAGGUGAGUAUAUUUGAAGGGUGGCUGCCAGUUAUACUUUUUAUCAGAAGUGCUUUUUUAAAAUUUGUUAUUAUAUUUGAAAACUUGUUACCACAUGUGUACAGUAAACCUCUUGAUCCUUAUAGACACCUCUCUAAUAUAAAGGCAUCUGUUAUGGACAGUUUCUAAUAUCCUAUCAUAUAUAGACCUUCCAACUUUCAUGCAUAUAGUAUAAGACACACACAUUUGGAUCUUUCUCUACUCGCACACAUGCAUGACUAUGUUUUCCUUAGACAUGAAAUAUUUGACGUUCCUUAGGAAUUUUAGUAUUUAUAAUGCUUUUCAAUUCACAAUUUGUAUUUUUGUGAACAAAUUUUACCAUAAUAUUGAAGCCUGACCGAUGAAUGUUUGAUUUUGCUCUUGCAUUAACAGGCUGAUUAAUUGUGGAAACUGUAUUUAUAUGCUUGAUAUUUGAAAAUAUUUGAAUGGGCCAGUGGACAAGAGGGUGCCCCUAAGAUAUGUGCAUGUUACUUUUAUUCUCACUUACCCAUUUUCCAUUUCACAAACUUAAGGUGGAAAGUCUGGUCAUAACUCUCAUGUAGUGUAUUUAGUUUAAAACAUCUAUGAAAUGGGCACCUCUGUAAUACAGAAAUUUUGCUGUGUCAAUCCAAUUCCUGUUUUAGAAAGACUGGGUACUGAACAAUAUUCCAAUAUUUUUGUUUAGAGAUUGGGUGCAAAAGUUGAAUGAAAUAAGACAAAGUGCAAUAACAAUGGUAAUCUUAAUUCUUGUUUUUCCACAAUUGUAAAUCAUAGUAGUUUUGUAUAAAUAAAUGAAUCAGGAGAUCACAAUGCCCAAAUGAAGUUAAGCAUGAUGUAUAGUGAAACUUAAUUAUUUUCUAUAUCAAUGUCCAUUUUUGUUCAUUUGGUUUUAAUGUCCACCAAAUGAAUCGUGCAAUUAUAAGAAUGAAAUCUGCAAUUAUAAUGAAAUAAUAUAUAAUUUGGUUUUUCAGAUGUCAGGUGUACCUCAACCAGGAAAUGUAUAUCCAAGCUAUCAACCUGGCAUGCCUUAUCCAAACGGUCAGCCUGGAAUACCAUACCCUACACACCAACCAGCAAUGGGUUAUCCCACUGCUCAAUAUCUUCCCCCCAGGGCACCCUACCUUGCUCAAGGAGGUAUGCCUCAACCUUACCCUGUAGCAGCAACAUACCAGAGCCCACCCCCAAUGUACACUCAACCAAUGGGAGCUCAACCACCUCCGAUGUAUGGCCAGUACCCUGGUUACCAAACACACCCGCCACCUCCAGCCGGAUAUGGCUAUCCAGUUUAUCAACAACAACAGUAUAAUCAGGUGAUUCAAGUGUGCCAUAUAAUUUAUUUCUUAGUAAUGCAAAUUUUCAAAUACUAAGCAAGAUAUGAAAAAUCGGUACAGGAGUUUUGUAUCUAAUUUUAAAAGUUCUAUCCAAUCAGAUAAACUUAAUUUUUAUUGCCAUAUAGCUAGCCAUAGGGCCCUAUGUUUACAUCAUUUUUUGUAUUUAAAUAUCAGGCACCACAAAGCAGAGGUGGCUUAUCGUCAAGAAGAGGACUUCUAGCAGGUGCUGCAGGUGGAGCUGUAGCAGGUGGACUCCUUGGGUUUGGUGUGGGACAUGCUGUUGGCGGUUGGGGAGAUAGUUUUGAUGGUGAUUGUGAUUUUGAUUGUGACUGAGUGUUAUAUUCAUGAAUAUAGCGAGAUUAAAAGACCCAUAUACAAUUGUUUGCAUCAAGGACAGUUGCAGAUAAAAACACCGUCUGCUCACAGGAACCGUGAUGUUUGUCACAAACAUUGGAGAGGUUUCAAUCUGAUCAGCAAUCACAUUUAACUAGCUUCACGUGAGCCUGCUCGCAGGCUACAUGAGUAGCUUCAUGCUGAAUGGCUGAGGUAAAUACGAAUAGACAAUAUUUUAUCUGCAACUGUCCAUUCUUAAAUGCAAACGAUGAUACGUCGUAUUGUGGCUGGUUUGCGCAGCUUUUUUGAACAGAAUUCCUCUUGAAGGGCAUCCAUGAUAAAAUUGGUCAAAAAAUACAUUUAAAAAAUCUUGAAUAUUUUUUUGAUAGAUUUUGACUGUGAGCGAGUCAGAUUUAUGACCAUUAAAAAGUAGUCCUAGAAACGCACAAAAUCAUCAACCUCGUUCCCAGGCUCUUCCCUCUUGUGGAGGAAUAAAGGAAUACUGAAUGGUUUUCCGUGCAUGAUUGUGUGAUCCAUGCACGAGGGAUGUCGCGAGACUUUCAGAAAGCGUAAAAAUACUCAAGCCCCAGACGAGUGUAUUUUUAUGCUUUCCAAAAGUCGAGCAACAUCCCAAGUGCAUGGAUCACGCUAUCUUGCUUGGAAAACCAUUUGGUAAUUGUUUUAUAAAAUAACUACAGCUGUGAAACAAUAACAUUUUGAGAAUCCCGCGAAUGCAUUUUAAUUCCUCGUGCAGGAUGGCCUGAUCCUGCAUGGCUAUUGACUGACCAAUCAAAUUGCGUGUCACUGUAGUUAUUAUAUAUAAAGAAAUCUUUCCUCCACAAGAGGGAAGAGCCUGGGAACGAGGUUGCCAAAUCAUAUGCGAGUAUUAAUGAUAAUAUAAAAAUGAAGGUGAAGCAAGCAAUUUUUAAUGUUAUACACGUAACUCUAACAACAUUUUUGCACUCAAUUCUAACCGACCCGGUUAACUGGGACGAUUAGUUUAAUAAAGAUUAAAGUUGUUAUCAUGGCUUUGAUAAACAUCCAAAAUGACGUUUCCAAAUUUGAAUCAGCCUUUCUCGCGGCCGAUUUUCCCACCAUUUUGGGGGUACUGCCUCUCCCACGUUUGAGAGUCUCACUGUCUCAGAUCAGGCCUCGAAUUUCCCCGAAAUCAAUCGACGGUAAUGGCGUUAAAAAUUGCCGUAGAACGUAACAGCUGUCUACGGCAAUUUUGGCAGUUUCCACGGCAUUUUUCAAAUGACUGUAAUAAAACUUUAAUUUUAUUGUCACUUUGGAUUUUUGACAAGCUAGAAACAUGUCUACGUAUUUCUUUAGUGUUUUUUUUUCGAAGAAAACUGAGACUAAAAUAGUGAUUUACGCAUGAUUUGAUCAACAUCUGAAUUCAAGUAUCAAAGUAGUAAUGCACAGACUACACGGCAAAAAAUUGCCGUCGUUGCCGCAAUGAUCCACGGCAUUUUGUUCUCCCUCUACGGCAAUUGCCGCGAUAAAAUUCGAGCCCUGUGUCAGAUCCGCACCACGAAAUGCGACCUUUUAGUAUUAUAGUUGUUUGUAUGAUGGUAAAUUUACAGUUACAACAGUACUUUAAUUUAAAAGUCGCUUUUCACGUUGUUUGAAUUGUCUAGAAUAUUUCACAAGGGCAGACAGUACCCCAAAAAUGGCGGAUUUUGGCCUUCGUGAGAAAGGCUAAUUAGCUUAUUUUGAUUCCAGUAACAGUAUAACGUUCAUUCAAAAGAUCUUUUAUGGUCAAGAAAAAAAUACGUGACACAAUUAUUCAUCUCGGCUAGCCAAGCUGGCCCGAAUCACAUCAACAAAUCGUCAAAAUUAUCAAUUUUUAUGUCAUUAAGAUGAGUUCUGCAUUGCACUAGCUGUUCUCUGCAGUACAUACACCCCAGCCUGCAAACCUCCAAUAUUAAUCCAAUACGUAAACCUCUUUCGCCAAAACUGUGCAGUCUGUGUAAAGGCUUUCGAUAUGGCUUUCUUAUCUUUCGUCAAAAUUACAGCUCGUCCCGUCUUCACUUGACAAACACGCGCCAUUUCGAACAAAACUUCAGGAUAUAGUUGCCAAUUCUUCACCAUUGAACCACUUUUCUUUCCAAAUGGUAAAUCCGUGAUGAACACAUCAACUGCAUUUGUUUUCAACGGUAAACGACACGCAUCCCAUAGAAAUGUUUCCACUGUGACACUUUUUCUAGUAAAGUUUAAAAAAAGGAUACUACUUAUGAUGGUAGAAUUUGAAUUUGAUAUCCAAAAU